GUCAGAUAUCCGGAGCGGGAGGAAGAACGAAGGAUUAAGAUGCGGGAAGAUUUCGAAAAUUCCUCGUGACCAUAAGACCAAAUUAAUCUUACACAGAAUCCGGCUUUUCCCAUCGGACGGGCGGAGGACGGGCUUGGGAAAAAGAUGCAAAGGCCCGGUCGGAAGGACAAUGACCACACGGUCGUCAGUGAUGAGGAUCUCCAGCGGAUAUCAGAUUAUUUCUGGACUGCCAUCGAUACGCCGAGAGGCCUCAUCCAGAAAGUGUGGUUCGACCUCAUGCUCCAUCUCGGAGCUGACGGUAUCGAGAACCAACAUACCAUGCGGAAGGAAUCAUUCAUCCUGCUGAAAUCGCAGACAGAUGGACGACGUCGUUUACAGUGGAAAUGGAACGGAAUGAUCCGAGGCAGCCCGAUCUUCGACGAUCCGCCGAACCCUCUCUGCCCUGUGAAAACUUUCCAGCUCUACAUGUGCAAACUGAAUUUACAAUGUCCCCACAUCUUCCAAAGGCCACACGAAGGAGUGACGAAAACGUCUCGAUUCUGGUAUCACAUGUUUCCCUUGAAUUCAACCAUGCUGGCGUUGAUGAUGUAUGACAUUUCAAAGGAAGCACGUUUGUCCAGAGUCUAUCCGAAUUUUUGCACUCAAAUCCUGCCGGCGAAAGACAAAUACUAUAACCUGUUCCGGAUCGCAUGGACUAAACUGCCCAAAUACCAAAUGGGUCCCUAUGAGAUAGACGGUCUCGGUGCCCCUGUAGCGCCCUUCAAAUUGUGUCAGCAGUGUCUCGUCGCCGUGAAAAGUCAUAAAAAUGAUCGAGGCAACGGAGCAAAGGGAAUUCUAUGCUCCGUAGCUUGUUACGAAGCUUUUAUGCACGCUAAGGAAAUGAGACAACAGCAAUUGCCCCAAACCGUGCUCCCGGGAUCGUCUGGAGCGCAGCGCUCGGUACCAUCGAUACUACGAGGAAACCGAGUGAUGCCCUUCCCGCCUCCACCUCCCUCCUUGAUGGGCAAGAACCUUCCUCCCGAAGUUUACAAGUUCAUCCAGCAAGUUGCGCGCAUUCAAGCUUGCGGCUACCCCAGCGUCGACGGAACACCUCUGCUCUUCAAAGAGGACUACAGUCCUGUCGUCGCAGAUAUUCCUAAAGAUCUCUAUGAUCUCACCCUCACCGUCCUGAAUUCGGGAGGACCUCCGAAGCCGAAUCUCCCUCCGCCGCCAGCUUCCUCGACGGCAAACUUGGUGAAAUGGCUGAAAGAAGGCGAUCCCUUGGCUGUCAGACCCAACGAUUGAUCGUGGGGACUCGAGGGACAGGAGCGGUCAACUGUCCUGUCAUUCGCCAACGAUGUAAAUAUGCAUGGUCCUCACCGCAAUCGUGCUCAUCCUUCUCGAGCUGGGGAGAGUCUGUAAUUUAUAUCGAUUCACUGCGCUGGUAGUCCGCGUGGAAGAUUAGGUUUUCAAUGUU